UGCAAAGGCUACAUCUCCGCAUCUACAUAUACAUCAAGGAAUAUACACAGACUCCUUGAUCUACAUCUACCCCAAGGAAUAUACAAGAAGUAUAGGAUCCUUGAUUUACCCACAUGUGUGGAAAUAAAUCAGCACACCAGCAGAUUACUUCCUGAGAAGCUAGAAAAAUGCAUCGCUGUGGUCUUGGUGAAAUCAGAUCUGCAAGGAAAAGAGUUUAUCAGCUGUCUGAUACAUGCAGGGGAUUUCAUUCCUGUCACCUUUCAAGAUUUGCAUCAUCAAGAGUAUUGCAAUUGAAUUCACACAUAGUCUUCAGUAAAAGAUGUGUCUCAUUUCUUCCGUCACAGGCACAGGUUGUAGUGUGUGGUGCUGGUGUAGUGGGAAACAGCAUAGCUUACCAUCUUACUCGAGAAGGAUGGACUGAUGUUGUUGUACUCGACCAAACUAAAGCAGGAUCUGGAACCUCCCACAAUGGGUCUGGUGUCCUGGGACUGUUCAAACCAUCUUCAGAAAGAGAAAUUGUGACUUACUCAGUUAACCUUAUUAAAGCUCUUCAGGAGGAUGGCCAUAACUUAGGUCUCAGACAAUGUGGCAGUUUGAAUCUGGCACGUACAAGAGACAGAGCUAUUGCCAUGAAGCGAAGAAUAGCAUACACAAAGCCAUCAGGACUUGAAUGCGAAUGGCUAGAUCGCCAUGAAAUUAAACGUCGGCAUCCACACCUAUAUACUGGAGACCUUGAGGGUGGGGUGUGGGUGCCUGCUGAUGCAGUGGCUGAGCCGUACACAGUGUGUGCCACACUAGCUUCUCUUGCUCAAAGCCAAGGAGCUGUCUAUGUUGAAGAUUGCUCUGUUGAGCGGAUUGUAACAGAUGAAGUGCCUCAUUCACAAGUUGUUCCCAAAGUGACCCAUGUUGUCACAUCUCUUGGCACCAUUCAUUGUGAAUAUUUUGUCAACUCAUCUGGAAUGUGGGCUCGUUCACUGGGGAAGAGGAGCUCUCCACAGGUCCGUGUUCCAGUUUUUCCUGCAGAACACUUUUAUCUUCACACAAAGCCCAUGAGAGAAGCAGCAGACGAUUAUCCUGUUGUUCGGGACUAUGAUGCCCACAUGUUCUGUGUUACUAGAAACAAUCAAUUCAUGGUGGGAGGUUUUGAACCUCAUGCCAAGCCAGCUUUUACUGAUGGAAUACCUCGCGAGUGGAGGAAUUGUCUGUCAGGCGAUGAGGAGCAUUUUAAGCCCAUUCGUGUAGCAGCAGAGCAUCGGUUGCCCAUUUUGAAAGGAACCCAGUAUAAACCUCUUGUUAACUCUCCUGACACUUUUACACCAGAUGGCAAGUGGAUACUUGGGGAGGCACCAGAGAUUGAUAACUACUUUGUGGCUGUUGGCAUGAAUGGAAACAGCCUACAGGGUUGUGGAGGUGUGGGACAGGCAAUAGCAGAAUGGAUCAUGUACGGGUCCUUGGCCAAAGAAAUGCUGGCCUUUGACAUCAGGCGCUUUAUUGACCUUCACAACAACAGACGUUACCUCAAGGAGAGAACGAGGGAGGUGGUUGGCAGACACUAUGAGAUUCUAUAUCCAAGUCAGUGUGAGUACAGGCUGGCCAGAAAACUGAGGUGCUCUCCAAUUUAUAUUGAACAAGAAACACGAGGUGCAGUCUUUGGAACACGGAUGGGCUUUGAACGACCACUGUACUUUGACAUAACACAUAAUAGAAGUGAUCCGCCAGCCCAGAUGCCUGACGGGUCGUUCCAUAAGCCAGUAUUUUUGGACUGCAUCAAAGAGGAAUAUCAGGCAUGCAGGGAAGGCGUUGGAGUCAUUGACCUCUCUUCUUUUACGAAGAUUGAAGUUACAUCUGUUGGAUUAGAUAAAUAUAAGCAGUUUGAUGCAGAAGAAACAAAGUCUGCAGCAAACCAGGUUGUUGAAUUUAUGCAAAAAUUAUGCAGUAAUGAUGUCAACAUGCCUUUGGGUGGUGUGGUGCACAGUGGCAUGCAGAAUGAGCGAGGAGGAUACGAAAAUGACUGUCUCCUCAUACGGCGCUCAGAUAACAGCUACUUGAUGCUUGCCCCCACAACUCAGCAGACUCGAAUUAUGGAUUACAUGAGAAGGCAAAUAACUCCUGAAGCUUGUGUCUCAGUGGCAGAUGUUACUUCCAAGUAUUCCGUACUGAGUGUUGUGGGUCCAAAGUCACGAGAGAUGUUGUCCUUUAUCUGCAACACUGACUUAAUAUUUUAUGAAAACAUGGCUAAGGAUAUCAAUAUAGCUUAUGCUUCUGGAGUGUUGGUGCUCUCAUUCACUCAUACAGGGGAGCCAGGCUACACUUUAAUCAUUCCAGCAGAGUACACCCUUCAUAUAUACAGGCAGCUAAUGAAGCUUGGGUAUGACUAUGGAAUUCGCAAUGUAGGGAUGAUGACAAUGCGAAGUCUGCGAGUUGAGAAAUUCAUUCCCUUUUGGGCAGAGGAACUAGACUCUACUACCACCCCUUAUGAAGUUGGCAGGGGCUACAAAGUUAAGCUUAAUAAAGAAUACUUCAUAGGAAAAUUUGCAUUGAUGAGGCAGUCUACUCAAGGCUUGAAACGAAGAUUGGUUCAUUUUGUACUAGAAGACAGUUUUGACGCUGAUGUAGAUAUUUGGCCUUGGGGAGGCGAACCUAUUUAUCGCAACAACCAUUAUGUUGGCAAUACAACAUCUUCAGCAUUUGGCUUUACACUCAACAAGAUGGUGUGCCUUGGGUUCGUCAGGCAUCAUGAAGGGGAAAAUGUCACACCUGAAUAUAUUCUAAAAAAUUCUCAUUUUGAAAUUGACAUUGCUGGGAAAAGAGUUGCAGCUCGAGCUUCUCUACAACCUCCCAAAAUGCCAAAAGUUAAAAUGGAUGGCAUUUCAUCAUACAGACCCAAGGCACGAGGUAUUUUGGCACAUAAGUGAUUAGGAACAAAAUGUGAGACAUUUGAAACAUAUUCAUAGCCAAGUUUUUUUUUUUUUUUUUUUUUACAAUUUGAAGAUUUUGAUAAAGAAUAUGUUUUAUGAUGAACGUUUUGGAUAAAUAGAAGAAGAUUAAAGGAUUAACAAGUGAGAAAUUGUGAUGAUUAUGAGGAAGUUAAGAGGAGUGAAUGAAUUGCAGAAAUAGUCAAAACCUGGAAAUAGUUAAUUAAUCUGGAAUGAGUGUUGACAAGGAUGAGUGGACAGUAAAAGAAAAGCUUUGUGAUUAUUAUAGAAGUGAGGUGUAAGACAGCUGUGACAUUGCUAAUUUUUUUGUAAUAUUUACAUUGAUGUAUGAUGUAAAUUGUCUACUUAUAACACUUUACUUGCUCCAGGAGCAAUACCAAAAGGGUAACUACGACAGAAGAACCUCAUUUCUCUCUCCAAACAUCCCCUUCCUGUUUGCUCAAGCACUUAGCCUCAAUUAACACCUUUGUCACACAUCUACUUUUCUCUAUCCCUUAUAGUAUGUUUAGCUGUGUUCAUACUAGAAAUAAUUUUGCUAUUCCUAUUGAAUACAUGCAUUGUAACCAUGGACAAUAUAGCACAGCAAUUGCAAAUGAAAUAAUGGAAAUGAAGAUGUGAAUGGGUUGAAGUGGUGAAAGAAAAAAAAUGGUAGAUUGACUGAAUUAAUAAAAUCAUGCGGCAUCAGGAUUGUUUGGAUGUGUUGUAAGAACGAGGGAUUUGAAGAGUGCUCAUUGUGCAAAUGAAGAGUGAAAUAUAUGCUAGAGGGAGGCUGCCCUUGAAAUAGAUAAACAUUACAUGACUAUUGGAAAGAGAGAUGAUUGAUCACUUCACUGCUGCAGCCACUCCCUUGAAGGACAGCAGCUCUUGGAGUCAGAAAUCAGGUUGUACUCAAUAAUAAUACUCUUAAAUUAUCUUACUUUAAAGUUUAAUAGUUACAGUGAUUGCAUAAAGUUUGCAUGAAAAGUGUGGCUCACGAGGAUGACUUCCACUUAAUGAUUGGUCUUCACUGAGGCUUAUCUCAUACAACUCAAAGUUUUAAUGAACAUGUGGUAAAACUGUUCUAACUUUAUUAGAAAUUUAAAGUAGAACAUUUUUACAAGUGUAAUUAAUAUAUUACAGUAUUCAUCAAUUUAGGAAUCUGUAUCAUAACAUGUUAUUCUUAUAAUUAAUAGUGAUUGUAAGAAUGACUUGUAUUUAUGUAAAAAUAUGUACAAUAAUUGAAAUCUAGUCAAUAUAAAACUGUA